CGUCGUGGUGCCGGUGAGCGGAGGGGCCGGGCCGGGCGGGGACGGGACGGGCAGCGCAGCGCAACACCGCGCCCUGUGGAUUACAGCGCCAGUAAUUACCGCCAUGGAUUGACGAGCGCUCGGAGGAUCAGGGGCGGGGGCAGCGAUCGGGCCGCUCGCCAUGAAUAUCGACGUGGAGUUUCACAUCCGCCAGAACUACCCGUGGGCCAAGCUACCGGGCAACGUCAAGCAGAGUCUCGGGAACUCUCAGCGCGAGUAUGAGAAACAGGUUCUGCUUUAUAGCAUCCGCAAUCAGCUGCGAUAUAGAACUAAUUUGGUUAGAUGCAUCAAGAAAGAUGAACGCAAAUACUAUGAAGAGCUAUUUAAGUAUAGCAGAGAACAUCUCAUGUUGUAUCCAUACCAUUUAUCUGACAUCAUGGUGAAGGGAUUGCGGGUCACACCCUUUUCCUAUUAUAUAGGAAUUAUGGAGGAUAUCAUGAAUAGUGAAAAAAGUUAUGAUUCGUUACCUAACUUCACAGCUGCUGAUUGUCUUAGGCUUCUGGGAAUUGGAAGGAACCAGUAUAUUGACCUUAUGAAUCAAUGUAGAUCAUCUAAAAAAUUUUUCAGGAGGAAAACUGCUCGUGACUUGCUGCCAGUGAAGCCUGUAGAGAUUACUAUUGAGCCAUGGUGGGUGGUUCAGGCUGGUUUUAUCACAGAAGAUGAUAUCAAGCUUUGUUCUGGGCCUGAAAAGAGUUCUAUUGAUAAAAUUAUUGAUUCGGGACCUCAGUUGGUUGGAGUAUUGGAACACAAUGUGGUUCUUGGUUUGUAUAACAAAGGCUUCAUUUACCUUGAUGUACCAAUAUCUGAUGACAGCUGUAUUGCAGUUCCACCAUUGGAAGGUUUUGUGAUGAACAGGGUGCAAGGUGAUUACUUUGAAACGCUUCUCUACAAGAUUUUUGUUUCUAUCGAUGAACAAACCAAUGUUGCAGAGUUGGCAAAUGUGUUGGAGAUAGAUCUAUCCCUUGUGAAGAAUGCAGUGUCAGUAUACUGUCGGUUGGGCUUUGCACAUCGAAAAGGACAAGUGAUAAAUGCCGAUCAGCUUCACCCAACAUGGAGGAAUGUUCCAUCAAUCAACAGAUUAAAAUGUGCAAUGGAUCCACAGAAGAUGCUGCUGUCAUGGGAUGGGAUGGAAAAUCGGAGUCCUGUGCAUGAUACAACAACAACAACAGAGACAGAUGCAACUAGUCAGGAUGAUGUGGCUGACUCUGCCAGUGUGAAUAGUUUAAACUUGCCCAGUGGACACACAAAAAGAAUUGCAUUCCUGUUUGACUCAACCCUCACAGCGUUUUUAAUGAUGGGAAAUCUUUCACCGAACCUAAAGAGCCACGCUGUGACUAUGUUUGAAGUUGGAAAGUUAUCAGAUGAGUCUCUGGACAGUUUCCUAGUAGAACUUGAAAAGGUUCAGAACACUGGUGAGGGCGAGGCACAGAGAUACUUUGAUCAUGCACUAACUUUGAGAAACACUAUUCUCUUUCUACGACAUAAUAAGGACCUGGUUACGGAUGAUGAACAGCCAAGCAAUGGUUUUCCACUGGAUCUGUUACGUUGUGAAAGUUUGUUGGGAUUGGACCCUGCCACCUGCAGCAGAGUCCUAAACAAGAAUUACACUCUGUUGGUCUCCAUGGCUCCACUCAGCAAUGAAAUCCGACCAAUAAGCAGCUGCACACCACAGCACAUAGGGCCAGCCAUCCCAGAAGUUAGUUCAAUCUGGUUUAAACUCUACAUCUACCAUAUUACUGGACAAGGACCUCCAUCAUUAUUACUUACGAAAGGAUCAAGGCUUAGAAAACUUCCUGACGUUUUACAGGGAUAUGACCGGUUACUUAUAACUUCUUGGGGACACGAUCCUGGUGUUGUUCCUACUUCAAACGUGCUCAGCAUGCUGAAUGAUGCCCUCACACAUUCUGCUGUAUUAAUACAGGGUUAUGGUAUCCAUGGUGAUGGAGAAACUACGUACAUUCCAUUUCCCUUCGAUGAAGUGGAGAUAAAUGGAGAAUUUUCCCGGAGUAAUAUGUGCUCACACAGAGCUUUGAAAGUGUUGAGGGAAAAAGUGGAUCUGGAACAUUUCUGUGGGUUUGUGAACAUGGUGAACCCUCGAGCUUGCCGCUAUAAUGGCAGACGAUCCAGUGAGGACCUGGAUGAGAAAGAAGAAUUUGAAUCCCCAUCUGGCUCUGUUCAAGGCAGCACAGAAUCAUUUGAGUUAGUGGCAGAUGAGCCCGUGGCUGAUUCUGGAACCAAAAGAACUGGUGAAGUUUCCACUGUGGAGCAGGAUUGGAUUCCUCUGGAGGUCUGCUUCGGGAUCCCGCUCUUUGUUUCAGAACUGAACAGACAUGUUUGUAGGAAGAUUGCGGCGCAUGGAUUGUGUGGGAAGGAGAACCUUCUGAAACUUUUGCAUUCCAGUAGAAAGCUAUCUCUGCAAGUCCUCAGCUUUGUACAGUCAUUCCAGGAAACCAGCGACUCGGAUAGUGGUGUAACAAAUUUAUUUCCCUACACAUCGUCCAUUGAUGCAGGAGUUCCUCUUCCAGCUAAGAGCCUGAUCUUCAAAGAUGGAGUCUUGUCUGAAUGGGUUGGACGUUCUCACUUACCUGUACAUAUUGCAAGAUUGCACAAGGAGCAAACUAAUUGAACUCAUUUCUAUUGUUAUGAUACUGCACACCUCGAUAAGAAAGUUUGUUUCAUUUCUUCUAUACUUGGCUUUUCACUUCUUCCUUUCUAACAGUUCUCUCUUUUCUCUCUCCCACUCAUCUCUCCCCCUCUUUUCUCUCCCUUUCCAUUUUU